GUCAUGAAAUACCAAACACCGCAAAACAUACAAAUCUUUCUUAACCCUACCAACGAAUCUACAUCAAAUUACUGACAAUAUUACAACACCGUCGAUUCGCUGCGACGGCUGCGACACUUGUUGUUAACCUAACAACACGAAAAUGAGUGAUUUAGAGGACGAAGAUGUAAUACUCGACGACAUAAAAGCUCUUCAAGAAGUUCUUACAAAAAAACCAUCCGAUCGUCUGAAAACGGAGCUAAUUUCCGAAGAUCCAUUAAGAACAGAACACAGUCAGUGCGAGCCGUCGACGUCUCAAGUGAGCAAUCCUCUAUCUCCGUCGAGCACGAUUCAAGACUGCUGCACUGGCGACCCGCUUGUCUACGGCGAAGAAAGUGACAACGAAUGUAACGAGGAUAUCAACAGCGAUUUGGAUCUGUCGGAUCCUGAGGCUGCGUUGAAUUUAAAUAAAAAAAUAAUGAACCUCUUGGUCAAUGCUCAAAGAAGGCUACGUCUCCUGCUCAAAGAGUGUCAGAUGAAACAGGUGCUAAUAGAUGAAAAACUUCAAAAAAUUAAUUCCAACCCAUUUUCUAGAACGCUAUUAACCAUUAGCGGGAUUCCAUAUUUUAAAGAUAAGCGACAAUUUCCUGCACCCAAGAACGAGGACGCUAAGUUGAAAGCCAGUCGUGGUGAGCUGCAGAUCAUUGAACUGCCGUUACCUUUGCGGUGGACUCUGAAAGAUCGGAACACGCUGUGGGAGGCCAUUUUUUGUGAGGCCAAGAUUACUGCCCAACAAGUAGCAAGGACACAGCAGCCUCUGAGCUAUGCAGAGGAUCCUUUGAACCUGGAAUUUAAGCUAACAGCUAAGAGAAUACCGGAGCAAAUAGCUCAGACCUUUAAGAACUUGGUUGGUCCGAUAGGUUCGAAAGAAUUUGACUGGUUGAAAAUAGCAGUGACCGAUUUUAAUGAGAGACAUUCCGCAAGCGAGUGCAGAGCGAUGUGGAAUGUUUUCUUACACCCCGACAUCAAUAAGGGUAAAUGGAAAAAGGCUGAGGACAUGGAUCUGAAAACGUUGGCCGAGAAAUACAAUUUUCAGAACUGGGACCUAGUGGCUGAAAAAUUGGGCUCAAACCGUACGGGAUAUCAAUGUUUUAUUAGAUUCAAUACCAAUUUCAGAAACAAUAUGUUGAACAGGAACAGUUCUUGGUCAAAAGAAGAAGACCAGAAACUUAUCGACGCUGUAAAUGCAUUGAGAACUGGGAAUUUUAUUCCAUGGGGAGAGGUGGCUAAGCUUAUGGGGCAGAGACGAAAGCAGCAGAUAUACAUGCGCUGGAAUUACAGUCUCGCCCCAAAUUUGAAGAAGGGCAGGUUCACCGAAGAAGAGGACAGGCUCCUACUUGAAGGUGUUAACAAAUUUGGGGCUAAUUUUAAAAAAAUUUCGGUUUCUCUGCUGCCGCACAGAACUACGGCGCAGUUGAACGAUCACUAUAGAACACUUUUACAUGAGAAAAAAAAUGAGUGGACUUACCAAGACGAUACCAAACUGAUAGAUCUCGUUGAAAAAUUUGGCAAUAAUUGGUCUGCCAUUAGCAAAGAAUUUUCUAACAAGUCUAGAGUCCAAGUUAGACAUCGGCAUACGUCGUUACUCCGAUAUUUGAGUCGGGGUUUAUCCCUCAGAUCUAUACCCAGGUGGGGACAAAAACCUGACGAAGCUUGCACCGAAGAAUCAAAGAUGACUGGUGAACAAAGGCUCCAAGAAAUAAGUAGGUGUUUGAGAACUCCGUAUGAAAGGGAUGGAAAGAGAAGUAAUCUAUCUGAUAUUGAUACAGAGCUCCAGGAUUACUUCAAAGGAAUCUAUCGAACCACUUCGAAACCUGGAAGAAACAGUAAAUUUUAUACUAUCGAGGAGCUGAGUUAUAAAACUCCGAGACUUCACGUUAUGUUGCAGCUGCUGAAUGCUGAUCUUGAUAUUCCUGGUAAUUUGGACCAGGAACAACAGUUGACUGAAAAAGAUAAGCAGCUGCUGACUUCCUUAGUAAAGUAUUCAAAAGAUGAAACCCUGGCAUCUGAUAUGCAGCAAAAAUUAGUUGGAUAUACCAGGCAAAAGAUGUUUGGAUCAUUAAUGCCAGUAGAGUUUCAAGAUCGUUUUAUACCACCGUUUCCAUUUGAUGGUAAAAAAAUUAUCUCACGAAUUAAAAAGGGAACAGUUGCUGGAAUAAAUUAUGACCCUGAUAACCAGACAACCACUGUUGAACUAGAUAAAAAGUUUGAAACACCUGAGCUAGUCAUAUCGCAAAUAGGCGGUUUGGAAAGCGAACUUGCAUUUGAGAAAAUGGCAAAGAUAUUUAUUGGUGAAACAGGGGAUUACCCAAAAGAUAUUGUGUUUUCUAAGGAGACACCUCAACAAUCUGGCGAAGUAUUGCCGAUAAAAUUCAUUUCUCUACCAAACAGUGUGAAGUUAAACAGUGCAAGCGAGAUUAUUGAUACAAACGUCCCAAGUACAUCACGCAUAGUUUCGAAUGCAGGUAGAAGUGAAACAGAGCAAGGUACGUUAGGUAGACACAAAUCAUCUUCGAGAAUUGCCAGAAGGAAACUCACCAAGUAUUGGCCAGAAAUGCUGAUACCUCCAAAUUACACAACUUUACUAGGGUUUCGUGGAAUAUUAUUAUCAAAACAUAUUCUUGAGGCAGAUAAUUUGGCGGAAGAUGAAUAUGAGGAACCUGAAGAUUGUAGGAUGACAACAGAAGGUCAACAAGCCUUGGAAUUAUUUGAGGAACGUUUAGCCAAGCUUUUUAAAUUUCCUAUAGAAUUGUCCGAAGUAGCACCACCUGUAUUACACGAUAUGAGAGAAAAAGAUUUGGACUGUGUUAGGAACGAUUGUCGAAAAAAAAGAAGGGGCGGCAAGGAAUGUGGGGGAUCAGAAGCAAAGAGAAAAGUAAGGUCUGCAAAACACAGUGUUGAAGAAAUUUCUGAGACAUGAAUUUGACAAAAAAUUAGCUAUUUACGUUGUAUUUGAAUGUGUGAAUUCGUGACCUUUGGGGUUUAAUGCUUCAUUUUUUCGUCGGGGAUGGUCAGGGAGGGGACACCAAUAUUUAUAUUAAUUAUACAAAUUUAUA